GUCUGUUUUUUUUUGUGUAGAAUUCAUCCACGAGCCCAAUGCUACUUAUAACGUGUCUUUUGGCUCUACUCUCAACCUCACGGUGAUCACUGUCAACUGUACAGCAAUUUUUCUUAACGACUCUGGGACGAUUAUUCCAGCGAGUUCUCCAUCAUUCAGCCAGUUUGAACCCAACAAAUCUAAUCAAACUGGGGAGAUUUCGCCUUAUAUUGAAGGACUCUACACAAUCUCCAACAUCACCCUUGAAAAUGAUAAAGACACUAUCCAAUUCUUUGCUAAUGAUCGAAAUGGAGGCGAUUUUGUUUACUCUGGAGUAACAACAGUUAGAGUGCAAGGUCCACCCGGUCCUGUUACUGAUUUAUCUUGUCACUUCUUCAUUCAAGAUCAAUUUCACAUCAGUUUCACUGAACCAUAUACAUUGCUUGGAGUGAAAACCAGUUAUUUUAUUGAGCCGUAUGAUCUCUCGGAAGCUUUUACUACCGACAACAGCAAAGUCAAUGUAACAGUGUCGAACGUUACCUCUUUAGAUAAGUACAAGGCAUACAAUAUUACUGUCACUUCAUUUAAUGCUGGAAGUAUAGGGGCUGCAUCAAACUGUACCGUGUUUAUUCCAAAUGCAACACAGAUUGCUGCUACUGUUGUCAGUGUCAUUAUUGUUAAUCGUGGAAAUGAUGCCAUAAUGAAUCUCAUGACCAUACUCCUGAACACUGCAGAUAAGCCAUUAUGUCCUGGAUGCUAUCCUGACACAGUUCAUAUGUUUAUAAACUUCUCCAGUGGGCACAUUAAACAAUACGAGUUCUCCGUCCCUCCUGGUGAGACGACGUUUCAUGAGAAAAAUAUCUCUGUGAUGAAGAAUGCUGUACUAUCUGGUGAUAUUUACUACUGCAAUGUUGCUGAGUGUGUCAAAACUAAACUUGACAAGCUGAGCACCUUUGACCUCCAGUUGGUUCACUUAAAAUCUGCUGACAAUGGAAGUGUUUGUCUUGAGUGCACGUUUACAAAUGGAUCAUUAGCUGAUGGAUGCAUUGUUGAGUUGCAUGUCAGUACUGAUGUAAUUUUGAAACUAAAAACAUCUGCUAAGAGGGAUAACUUGAUCACAACUGAAUGCUAUGCUGUGAAUACUCUUACCAGCAAUGAAUCCUAUCACUGGGAAGCAUAUGCAUUUAGCUUGAGUAAUGGAGAGCCUUUCAAGUUAUCUUCCAAGCCAGCUCUCACUGGUGUUCUUACCAUACCUAUUAAAACAUCACCAACCACUGAAUCACCCACUUUGGCCACUUCAGGAUCGCCCAACACUGAAUCACCCACUUCAGGUCCUUCUCAUGAUUAUAAACUUAUUGUAUCCAUUGGUAUAACAAUAUUCCUUCUUGUCUGUGCUGUACUUGCAGUUUCUGUCAGUGUGUAUUUAAUUGUUACAAAAAAGUUUCAAUUGCAAAGUUGUGGUCGAUCUCAAGUACAACUUGUUCCUGAAAUGGCUGAGAGUGGAUUGCUUUCAUCUGGUGAACCUCCUUGCCAGCCCGCAUCAUAUCAACUUAGAGGACAUCUUGAUACCAUCCUGGAAGAUUGCUUUAUAAAUGAGGCUGAGGUUGAGUUGCUUCCUGUCAUUGAACAAGAGGCUGUGAUUGAAAAUAACAAUGUUACUGUUUCAUCAUUCGUUGUUCAACAUACCACUCAUAAGCCAAGAAAGAGACCAGCUUCUAUCAGUCUUCCACUUUCUCCCAUUAAUAAUGAAAUUACUUUAUCUCCACAUCCUGCAAGUCAACCAACCACUCCUAAUGUUCCAGCUCCUGAUCAAUUUUCAUUUGGACCUCCAGGACCAACUAGGAAUAGCUCAUUCCCUCAGCUGCCUUUUCCUCCUUCAUAGUUUAUCCUGUAGUUUCACUUAUGUUGUAACUUUACUAUUUAUAUGAACCAAAGUGUCUUUGUCUUUAUUAUUGCACAA